AUGCGAGGGGAAGGUCAUGCAUGACUGCAUCAACAUGCUGAUGCAGUGGCUGCAUGUACGGCUGUAGUGCUGGUUUCCGUGUGCCUGGCUUUGGAUCACAUACCUGCAUGCUGCACAUGAUUCUCGUCGUGAUACUUGCAUUACGUGCUUCAUUGGUGUGCUAAAUUUAGCGCCAAGCUUCGUUGCGUACGGGCCACUUCGUUCCCCCGGUCGAUCGGUCGGUCGGUCGACAGUCCGAUGUUCAGCAACCAGGUGAUGCCCGUGGCCAACGUCAUUUGCGCCCGCCGAGAGAUCAAGCACCAAGUGGACAUGCUGUACGAGAACCUCCAGAGCCCCAAGGGGCUAUGCAACAUCACGUCGCCGCGGACGUUUUCGCACCUGCAGUUCAACGCGAAAAAGCACACCCAAGCGCAAGGUACGUCCGACUAUCAUGCUUGCGUGACCUUAUGUCACAACGCCACUCCUUUCCAGCGCAACAAGCACGCAUCGACCACGACAAUAUCCUGCUCAUGGAGAAGAUGGCCCACAUCAUGAUCUCGUCCUCCGCCACAACGAAUACGUCCUUCAAACCCGGCACGUGCCUGGACAGAAACCAACUGCCUAAGAUUGACAACCACAACAACUACACCCUCGUGCACGGGUAUGCCAAGACACGGCAGCGCGAAGCUCAGCGCAUCGCCAAGGAGAACGCGCUCCAUCGCCAACGGAUCGAUGCGCAGAAACCAACGUACACGAACGCCCAAUACAAUGCAGACAACGCAGCCAAGAACGUGCAUCUCAGUCGCAUGCACCGCAAACUCGUGUGGUCCAAGCCGACACGUGCCGAACUGAAACAGGAAGAGCGCCGUGAGGCCGCGGCGGUGACGCGGGAAGUCGACAAAGCGCGGGUCUAUGCAUCGCCAACGCCGACUGUCCCCGGAGCGAACGCGGACAUUGUAUCUCCUGUUGCAAGGAAUCGCAUGUGCAUCUGCAUCGAUGGCUUUGACCCGUCCCCACCCCUCGUUGCACCAUCAGGGCGCACAUUCCCACAGUCGUCAACGGGAGGUAUGUUCCCGCGACCUCCCAGGAAAGCAAGGCACACGGCGCUUCCAUCGAAAGAAGUCAACAAGGGGAGCGAAGAGAUCGACCUGAUCUUGCAGGAGAACGAGGAAGCGUUGGCGCCAUGUCCGAUCUCGACGCCGUCGGUGGAUGCGGCAUACUCCGACACAUUGCUCAACGACGAAUAUGAGGUUGAUGAAUUUUGUGCCGAAUAAACGUACACGUUAUUUUACAUAUAGUGGGGUUUAAUCAUGUUAAUAACGCCGCCAUUAUUGCCAA